CCACACGGAAGACUUAACUUGGUCUUCUAGCAUGGGGACCCUCUGGCACUUACAAUGCACUUUAAUUUUAUUCUGUGUUUUAGUGCUGAAUACCACAGGGAUCAAGCAAAGACCAGCUGGUGGCUUCAGAACUUGGGAACCUGAAACAGCUUACCUCACCAGAUGUGAUUUUAACAACAACUCAAGACCAUUUUGUGACUGGACCCAACCUUUCAGUGUCAACCAGGGAAUGUGGAUACGAACCAAGCAUGACACUCCAACUGAUGGAACAGGUCCUGAUAGAGAUUAUCCUGAUGGAAAAGGCUAUUUCAUCUACCAAGAAGCAAGUAAUCUGAUCCCAUUCGACACUAACAGGCUUGAGAGCCCAGAUACUGUAGUUUCUGAAAAAAUAUGCAUAGACUUCUGGUACUAUAUGUUUGGGUCAGAAGACAUGAAUGAGCUGAACGUGCUUAUCCGAGACACCACAGGGGAGUUUGUGGUGUGGAGUCGGAAAGGAAACCAGAGCUCCUUGUGGAACUACGGUGCCAUCACUCAUACUUUUCCAACACAGAGAACAAUAAAGGUAAUUUUUGAGGCUGUCCGAGGCCUGACAGAGUAUGGGGAUACGGCACUGGACAACGUGAGAGUAAGGGAUGGAUCCUGUGAAGCAAUUUGCAGUAUACAUGGGGAUCCUCACUAUUACACAUUUGACAAGCAACGUCAUGACUUCAUGGGCACCUGCACCUACACCCUCUCCAAGCUGUGUGAGAGCAACAGCUCGCUGCCCUAUUUCAACGUGGAAGCAGCCAACGAGCACAGGGGAAGCAACAGUCGUGUGUCCUAUGUCCGAUAUGUGGACAUCGAUGUGUAUGGCUACAGGAUCAAUCUGGGUAAAAACAGAGUUGUUAAGGUUGAUGGGGUCAGCCAGGUGCUCCCUCUGACCUUGGUGCAGGGUGUCCGUAUUUCCUUCAGUGGGCAGUAUGUUGUGGUUACUACCAACUUUGGGCUGAAUGUCAAGUUUGAUGGAAAUCACAGAGCAGAAAUCACUCUUCCCAGUACCUAUGUGUCUAAAGUCUGCGGAAUAUGUGGAAAUUAUAACGGGCACAAAUCAGAUGACUUUCUUAACCCAGAUGGAGAGAUGGAAACAAACUCAGCCAGUCUUGGCAACAGUUGGCAGGUUUACAAUGACUCCAGGUGCUUGCCAGAUGAUGGCCAUACUCCAAAUUGCACUGCUGAUGAAAAACAUACGAUCCAAAGCAAUGAAUACUGUGGUCUGAUCACAGAUCCUAGUGGUCCAUUCCAGAAUUGCCACUCAGUAGUUGAUCCCCAAAGUUAUUCUGAAGCCUGCCAGUAUGAUCUCUGUGAACUUCAUUUGAACAAUGCAGCCCUCUGUCAAAACCUGCAGGCUUAUGCAGAUGUAUGCCAAGCUGCAGGAGUCCAGCUGACACCAUGGAGAAAUGCAACCUUCUGCG